CCCGUCCCUACUGGUGACAAAUAUCUUGGAGGAGGUUGGCGGGUGUUGGGAGGUGAUCGUGAAGGGGAAUUUUCUGACGUAGUGGGGAAGUCCUGUGGUCCUGCCAUGGAGGAGACGACUGGCAAGAAGGAGGUUGUCGUGACCAGCAUGAAGGCCGAGUAUAUAGAACACUCCAUUGAAGUUACUCACUUCGCUGCGUCUGGUAUGGCAACACAAGGUCUCAAUAUGCCAGUUCUUGAGGAAGAAGGAGAUGUACCUACAGAGAUGACAGUGUCAGUGGAGGAACAAGAUGCUCUUGAUGGCAGUAUGGCUGUGACAGAGCUUAAGCACUCUAUAGAGGAGAAGAAGAGAAGGCGACAACGUGUAUACAGUCAAAAAUUCCGGAGGGAGUGGUUGAAUUUGCAAGAUUUUCAAGGGUGGCUGUCAGAGGGAAGUGGUCCAGACCGAGCAUACUGCACUGCAUGUAAUAAGGAACUAUUGGCUGGCAAGUCUGAAUUAUUGAAACAUGCUAAUGGGAAGAAACAUAAAAAGAGAAUAGCUGAAGGACGUGAAAAUGUGACUGUAGCUACAGAAUUGUCCAGUGUUCUUGAUGAAAGUGGAAUGCCACAUGUACUGCGAAUUGUAGACAUGCGGAGUGACACUGUGACCCAGCCAAGUAGAGCAAUGAAAGAGGCCAUGAUUGAUGCCCCUGUUGGAGAUGAUGUUUUUUCCGAGGAUCCCUCAGUCAAAGCUUUGGAAGGGAAAGUUGCCAGACUAUUGGAAAAGGAAGCAGCCCUCCUUGUUCCUUCAGGCACAAUGGCAAAUUUGAUAUGUGUUUUGACACACUGCUGGGGCCGUGGAUCAGAGGUUAUAGUUGGAGACCAGAGCCAUCUUCACUUGUGGGCUCAGGGAGGAAUUGCUCAGGUUGGGAGUAUCCACCAUCGCUCUAUAAAGAAUCUACCAGAUGGAACAUUUUCACUCCAAGAGUUAAGAUCUCUAGUACGGGGUGACGAUCCUCACUGGCCAGUCACUACUUUAAUAUGUGUUGAAAAUGCUCAUAACAUGAUGGGAGGCAAAGCAUUACCUCUACAGUGGAUGGAUGAUUUAGGAACGCUGUGUAAUGAUUUAAACCUUCCGCUACAUAUGGAUGGGGCACGACUCAUCAAUGCAUCAGUGGCACUUGGGACAGUUCCUUCAUGUCUGGUGCAGUCCUGUGAUUCUGUAUCUUUCUGCCUCAACAAAGGUCUCGGGGCACCAAUGGGCUCAGUUAUUGUGGGCACUAAGGAGUUUAUAGCGAGGGCUUUAAGAGUAAGGAAAGUGUUGGGUGGAGGUCUACAUCAGGCUGGCAUGUUUGCAGCUGCUGGGAUGUAUGCCCUUGACCACAUAGCUCCAAGGCUCACACUGGACCAUACCAAUGCUCGUGCCAUUGCUCAAAGUGUGUCAGAAGAACAUAGUAGUGCCAUUACAGUUGACCUCAAGGGAGUUCAGACCAAUGUUGUCUUGCUUCACUGUGAUAACAUUAGAGUUAAUGCCAAGAAACUUUGCCAAAGACUAGCAUCAGUGACUGAUGCAGAGUCAGAAGAGUUGGGUGAACAGAUAGUUGUAAUGAUGUUGCCAAUCACAGAAACAACUGCCCGACUAAUGGUGCACUGUGAUAUUAAAAAGGACGACAUUAAGGCUGUGAUUAAGAAACUUAAAUAUAUUAUUCAAGAAUAUGAUAAUAUGAUGUACCUGGAAUAUAAGAUUAGUGUCUAACACAAAAUGAAGUUUAUUAUUAAA